GGCGGUGGACUUCAGCGGCCACGAUCUGGGCAGCUGCGUGCGCGAGUUCGGGGUACGGAGGGGCUGCUAUCGGCUGGCGGCCCACAAGCUGCUUAAGGAGAUGGUGCUGCUGGAGCGGCUGCGGCACCCCAACGUGCUGCAGCUCUAUGGCUACUGCUACCAGGACAGCGAGGACAUCCCAGACACCCUGACCACCAUCACGGAGCUGGGCGCCCCUGUAGAAAUGAUCCAGCUGCUGCAAACUUCCUGGGAGGAUCGAUUCCGAAUCUGCCUGAGCCUGGGCCGCCUCCUCCACCACCUGGCCCACUCCCCACUGGGCUCCGUCACUCUGCUGGACUUCCGCCCGCGGCAGUUUGUGCUGGUGGAUGGGGAGCUCAAGGUGACGGACCUGGAUGACGCACGUGUGGAGGAGACGCCAUGUGCAGGCAGUGCUGACUGCAUACUCGAAUUUCCGGCCAGGAACUUCACCCUGCCCUGCUCAGCCCACGGCUGGUGCGAGGGCAUGAACGAGAAGCGGAACCUCUAUAAUGCCUACAGGUUUUUCUUCACAUACCUCCUGCCUCACAGUGCCCCGCCUUCACUGCGUCCUCUGCUGGACAGCAUUGUCAACGCCACAGGAGAGCUCGCCUGGGGGGUGGACGAGACCCUGGCCCAGCUGGAGAAGGUGCUGCACCUGUAUCGGAGCGGGCAGUAUCUGCAGAACUCCACGGCAAGCAGCAGUACUGAGUACCAGCGCAUCCCAGACAGCACCAUCCCCCAGGAGGACUACCGCUGCUGGCCAUCCUACCACCAUGGGGGCUGCCUCCUUUCAGUGUUCAACCUGGCUGAGGCUGUGGAUGUCUGUGAGAGCCAUGCCCAGUGUCGGGCCUUUGUGGUCACCAACCAGACCACCUGGACAGGUCGGCAGCUGGUCUUUUUCAAGACUGGAUGGAGCCAAGUGGUCCCUGAUCCCAACAAGACCACAUAUGUGAAGGCCUCAGGCUGACCUGUCUGAGGGCUCGGCUGACCAGCUGACUAUCCUCAGCAGCAGGGCUUGCCUGUGGAGGGAGUGACUUGCACUGGCAGCGCUGCAUGUCACCUGGGAACCCCUGCAGACAAAGCUGACAUCCCAGACAGACCGAUGUGACCAGGACAAACGUGCAAUAAUGCCAAAUGUUAAAAUGUGAGUUUACCAGCCUAGCUAUGGGACUGCAGGCUCCUAGUCCAGGAAUCUUGGGGGGAUGACUGCCUCUCCAACCCUCUGGGCUGCAAGCAAGCUCAGGCUAGUCUCCCCAGUGGGGGCUGUGUCCCUCCCUGGGACAGUUCCGUGAGCAGCCCCGUCACUGUGUUCAGUAGUGUGAGAAUGUAGCUAAAGCCCCUGCUGCUGCUGCUGCUGCUGCUGCUGCACUUGCCACGGCAGGCGGGGGGCUGCGUGGGGACAAUCCAUCGCUGAGUGUUCUCUCAGCUGAGGUCUGGACAGGAGACUUGGCGGGGGAAGCUCCAGGAUGUGGGUGAUUCUGUACCUGGGGAGGCUAUCUCUGACCUCCCGACAGGGGGCAGGCACUCCCAGGCCAGCCCAGGGGUCAGGGGCAGAGGUGCACACCUCAGCAUGAGCCAAGACUGGGGUCGGGGAGCAGGUGCGGUUUGAGCCAGGACCUGGGGUGGGGGUGGGGCCGGGGCCUUUCUGCCUCAUUUGCUUUCAAUGAAAGCCGCAAAGCAGCCAAAACCAGGCUCUCCCCGUUCCUGGAGUUUGAGUAUCCAGAAUCUUUUGUACUUCUUGUUCAUUAAAUUGUCUAUUUUUGUAAAAAAAAAAUAAAAUAAAAUUAGUUAAUAAAAUGAUGUUUCACAGCAAACUCUUCCC